AUGAACGAUAGCUCUCAGCUGGGAGGUUGGGCCUGUAAGCUGUGUAAAUCAGACGAAGGUUUUGGCCCGAUUUCUUUUUAUGGUGACCUUACUAGGUGCUUCAUUGAUGGAGUCCUGCUGAAUCUGAUCGCCCUCUUGUUCCUUAUUUUUGGUACGAGAGAGUUAUUUGUGUUAUGCAGAAAGAAGCACCCUGGUGUUAAGUAUAGGACUGAUUGGAUUUUAGUGUCCAGACUUUCUCUAGUGGCUUUACAAAUCCUUUUCGUUUCAUUGGCGGCUCUGAGCUCGUCAAAAUCUGCGCUCCAAGAUUCUGUUUUGACCAGUCAGUAUAUCCUAACUGUUUUAUCCCUCUUUGAUGCACUAGCCUUGCAUUAUGUGGAAUACUACAGGUCGAGAGUUGCUAAUACAGUGCUUUUGUUCUACUGGUUGUUUGAGGCUUUGGGGAAUUCUACAAAGACUGUGAACUUUUUAAUCAGACAUUUCUACGAGGGAGAUUGGCCUUUGGGACAUUCUGUCUUUAUAUUCACACUGUUCCAGAGCAUUAAUGCAUUAUUAAUUCUAUUGGUUGAAGCAGUGCCUAGAAAGCCGUUGCUUCCCUACCAGAUAAUUCAGGAGCAUACUUCUAGGAGAAAGGAAAAUCCCUAUGAUACUGCAAAUAUCUUCUCAAGGCUCUCGUUUUCCUGGAUGACGGAGUUGAUGAGAACUGGUUAUAAGAAGUAUUUGGUGGAGACGGACUUGUACAAGCUACCUGAAAGUUUUGGAAGUUCUGAUUUAUCCGAAAAGUUCGAACAUAAUUGGCAACAACAGGUGAAGCACAAACCGAAACCCUCUUUGACGUGGACCCUGUGGAUCACUUUUGGUAGAAAGCUAGUGAUUGCAGCUUUAUUUAAAUUUGCUUUCGAUAUCUUAGCCUUCACACAACCUCAAUUGCUCAGAAUACUGAUUAAAUUUGUCACGGAUUACAAUGAAGAAAGGAAGGAAAAGCUCAACCCUAUAAUUCAGAGCAUUGAUGCUAUCAACAAGUAUACGAAAGAACUUCCAAUUGUCAGAGGAUUUAUGCUAUCUAUUGCAAUGUUUUUGGUCAGUUUUACACAAACUUCGAUCCUUCAUCAAUACUUUCUUUAUUCGUUCAACACAGGAAUGAAUAUUAAGAGUGCACUUACUUCCACUAUUUACAAGAAAGCCCUGGUUCUGUCUAAUGAAGCCGCAGACAUGUCAUCAACCGGUGACAUUGUUAAUUUGAUGAGUGUUGAUGUUCAAAGAUUACAGGAUUUAACCCAGUAUUGUCAUUUGAUUUGGUCGGGUCCAUUUCAAAUUUUGUUGUGUUUGGUAUCUCUUUACAAACUGCUGGGUAGGUCGAUGUGGAUCGGUGUUAUCAUUCUUGUUAUUAUGAUGCCCUUGAACUCUAUGUUAAUGAGAAUUCAAAAGAAGUUGCAAAAGGUUCAGAUGAAGAACAAGGACGAAAGGUCCCGUUUAAUCAGUGAGAUUUUGAAUAAUAUCAAGUCUCUAAAACUGUAUUCAUGGGAAGCGCCUUACAAAGCGAAAUUGGAACAUGUCAGAAAUGACAAAGAGUUGAAGAAUUUGACAAAAAUGGGUGUUUACAUGGCCCUCACCAGUUUCCAAUUCAACAUCGUGCCCUUCCUUGUGUCAUGCUCGACUUUCGCUGUGUUUGUAUACACAGAAAAGAAGCCAUUAACUACAGAUUUGGUCUUCCCAGCUUUAGCGCUGUUUAACCUUUUGUCUUUCCCACUAAAUGUCGUCCCCAUGGUCUUGACAGCCUUCAUCGAAGCAUCCGUCUCAGUCAACCGAUUGUAUUCUUUCUUAACAAACGAAGAACUGCAAAAGGAUGCUGUCCAUCAUUUGCCUAAGGCACAAAAAGCCGGUGAUGUUGCCAUCAAGAUAAGUGAUGAUGCCAAUUUCCUAUGGAAACGUAAGCCCCAGUAUCAAGUCGCUCUUAAAAAUAUCAAUCUAGAAGUUAAGAAAGGUGAGCUUGCAUGCGUUGUUGGUAAAGUUGGUAGCGGUAAAAGUGCUCUGGUUCAAAGUCUCUUAGGUGAUUUGUACAGAGUGAAGGGUUACGCUGCUGUUCACGGAAGCACUGCCUACGUGAGCCAGGUCCCAUGGAUAAUGAACGGCACGGUGAAGGACAAUAUCUUAUUUGGCCACAAAUACGAUCCAGUAUUUUAUGACUUAACAAUCAAGGCCUGUGCGUUAACUAUCGAUUUGGGUAUUUUGCCCGAUGGUGACCAAACAAUGGUUGGUGAAAAGGGUAUUUCGUUAUCGGGAGGUCAAAAGGCUCGACUUUCUCUUGCUAGAGCCACAUAUGCAAGAGCGGAUACUUAUCUACUUGAUGAUCCUUUAGCCGCGGUUGAUGAACAUGUUGCCCAACACCUGAUUGAACAUGUUCUUGGUCCUCGUGGUUUAUUGAAGAGUAAAACAAAACUUUUGGCUACAAACAAAAUUACCGUGCUGUCGAUUGCUUCCUCCAUCUCUCUUGUUGAAGGCGGUGAAAUCAUUCAACAUGGCUCAUAUGAGGAUAUUUCGAAGGAUUUGGAUUCUCCACUGUCCAAUCUAGUCAAAGAAUUCGGUAAGAAAAAGACCUCGUCGUCUGCAGAUUUGACUAAGGCAUCCAGUUCCGUAAGUGUUCCAAGUGUUCCCGUGAAGGAUGAACUUGAAGUAUUGCAAAAAUUGAAUGAUCUAGAGUUUGAUUCUUCGGAAAGUUUGAGAAGGGCAAGUGACGCGACUUUAGUUAGUAUUGAUUUUGACGAUGAUGAAAAUUCAGCUACUAGAGAGCAUCGUGAACAGGGAAAAGUCAAGUGGUCUAUCUAUUGGGAAUAUGCCAAGGCAUGUAACCCAAGGAAUGUUUUCAUCUUUUUGUUUUUCAUCGUUCUCUCGAUGUUCUUAUCUGUGAUGGGUAAUGUGUGGUUAAAACAUUGGUCAGAAGUGAACUCAAAAUACGGUGCUAAUCCACAUGUUUCUCGAUACCUUGGCAUAUACCUUGCAUUGGGUCUCAGCUCAGCUCUCUCGACAUUAAUUCAAACGAUUAUUUUAUGGGUUUUCUGCACCAUUCGUGGUUCCCGCUACCUACAUUCAAUAAUGGCCGCUUCUGUGUUAAGAGCUCCAAUGGUUUUUUUUGAGACUACACCAAUUGGUCGUAUUUUGAACAGAUUCUCGAAUGAUAUUUACAAAGUGGAUGAACUCUUGGGGAGAACCUUUGCUCAAUUCUUUGUAAAUGUCACCAAAGUUUCUUUUACUAUCAUUGUGAUCUGUGUUACCACAUGGCAAUUCAUUUUCCUCAUCCUUCCUAUGAUUGUUCUUUACGUCUACUAUCAACAAUAUUACUUGAGGACAUCAAGAGAGCUUCGUCGUUUGGAUUCGGUUACCAAAUCGCCUGUGUAUGCGCACUUCCAGGAGAGUUUAGGUGGCCUUUCAACUAUUCGUGGUUAUGAUCAACAAGACAGAUUUACUCACAUAAAUCAAUCUCGUAUUGAUAACAACAUGAGUGCAUUUUAUCCCUCUGUCAAUGCCAACCGUUGGUUAGCGUUCAGACUCGAGUUUAUUGGUACAAUCAUUAUCUUUGGUGCCGCUUCUCUGUCAAUGCUCAGAUUGAAAGCCGGCAGUUUGACACCCGGUAUGAUUGGUCUAUCCUUGAGUUAUGCUUUGCAAAUUACGCAAUCGUUGAAUUGGAUCGUGAGAAUGACUGUGGAAGUGGAGACCAAUAUCGUUUCUGUUGAAAGAAUUAAGGAAUACUCUGAGAUCAAGAGUGAAGCACCAUUAGUCAUUGAAGAUCACAGACCACCAGCCGAUUGGCCCUCCAAAGGUGACAUAAAAUUUGAACAUUACUCGACUCGUUACAGAGAAAAUAUGAACCUUGUGUUGAAGGAUAUCAACCUGCAUGUGAAACCCCAGGAAAAGAUUGGUAUUGUUGGUAGAACAGGUGCAGGUAAAUCUUCAUUGACCUUGGCACUCUUUAGAAUAAUCGAAGCCGCUGAGGGACGUAUAGUAAUCGAUGGAGUUCCAAUCAACGAGAUCGGUUUACAUGAUUUGAGACAUAAACUAUCUAUCAUUCCUCAGGAUAGUCAAGUCUUUGAAGGUACGGUACGCGAAAAUAUUGAUCCAACAAAUCAAUAUUCCGAUGAAGAGAUAUGGAGAGUAUUGGAAUUAUCACAUCUAAAAAACCAUGUUCUCAGUAUGAGCAAAGAUGGAUUAAUGACCCGCUUGACUGAAGGUGGAGCGAACCUGAGUGUAGGUCAGAGACAACUAAUGUGUCUUGCCCGUGCGUUAUUAAUCCCAUCUAGGAUCCUUAUCCUAGACGAAGCCACAGCAGCUGUGGACGUUGAGACCGACCAAGUGAUACAGGAAACGAUACGUACUGCGUUCAAAGAUAGAACGAUCCUAACGAUCGCACAUAGAUUAAACACCAUCAUGGACAGUGAUCGAAUACUAGUAUUGGAUGCUGGUGAAGUACGUGAAUUCGACACGCCAGAGAACUUACUAAAACAGCAAGGUUCCAUCUUUUACUCAUUAUGUAGCGAUGCUGGCCUGGUAUAG